AUGUCACACGAAAGUGAAUCUGUGGAUAUUAAAUCAUCUGCACCAAUCCUACUUGAAACUCACACUGAGAAAUCCGAUGGAAUUCCUUCCAGAUCACCAUCUGAUGAACUUAGUAAACUAAGACCAGAGGACCGCUCAAGAAACCAGAGCUUUUCUAUCAGAAAUAUGCAGGUGUCCAGAAGCCAAAUGAAGGAAUACAGAGAAGCCUUUAGGCUGUUUGACAAAGACGGCGAUGGCAGUAUAACAAAAGAGGAAUUGGGCAGAGUGAUGAGGUCGUUGGGACAAUUUGCUCGUACUGAAGAACUUAAACAGAUGCUUCAAGAAAUCGAUGUCGAUGGUGAUGGUAAUGUUAGUUUUGAAGAAUUUGUAGAUAUAGCUUGGUCGGCAAGCUCAGGACGUGAUCCGAAUCACACUAUAUCUUUGGAGGAAGAAGAAAAAGAGCUAAGAGAUGCCUUCCGUGUAUUUGAUAAACACAACAGAGGCUAUAUCUGCUCUUCAGACCUCCGAGCCGUUUUGCAUUGUCUUGGAGAAGACUUAUCUGAAGAAGAAAUUGAAGAAAUGAUUAAAGAAGUUGAUGUAGAUGGAGAUGGACGAAUAGACUUUUAUGAAUUCGUUAACGCUUUGGGCGAACCAGGCAAUGAGGAUAGCUACGAUGAUGACGAUGACGAUUACUUAUCAUUUUAUAACUAA